GCUAGUUUUCAAAGAAGCUGACUUUUUUCCGAGCUUAUCGUCUGAACCGUUCUUUCCGCCUUGUUUAACAAUGGAAGUUGCAUCACCCUUAGCCUUCGCUGCAGCAGCGUCAGGGCAAAAGCGGUCGUUGGCUUGCUCUCCGCAGAUAAUGAGCACCCCCAAUCACGGAAAUUACUCCGAAACGGAGCUUGCGGACGAUAGCGUGCAGCGAUCGACCAAGCGGCGUCGAUUUGGAGAGACGACCAUUGAAUCCCUUUCGAAUGCUUUCUCGUCCCACUCUCCUUUCUUUCAAACGAAUCAGCUGGGAACAAGUUGUGCAGCCCAAUCUCUCAAACGUCUACGGCCUGAUGGCAGCUCUUCCCCGCAUCAAGAUAUCUCCCGGGUAGUCGAAGAGCAAGCUUCUUUGAUCGAUUCCCUGAAGUCGGAUAAAUCCAACCUUGAGGCCGCCCUGUCUUCAUUGACGGCAGAUCAUGGUCGGGUUGCUAAAGAGAACCAGCUUUUGCGUAAAGCUGUGAAUAUUCAACAAGAUCGGCAUACUCAAGCCGUUUUAGAGGUGAAGGAGGCUCGCAAAAAUCGCGAAGAGGCGGAGGAACGAAUUCGGAAGUUGGAGCAGAUGAUUUUGUCUCUGCGCUACCAUCUGCAGGCUCAGCAGACCACUAUUGGGAACGACUUUAUGGGGAUGCGACCACCGGAUGUCUUCUAGCUCGGGUGCUCUCUACUGAGUCUCUCACGAUCAACAUUUCAGCUUUGUCGAUAGUUGCUUCGAAAAAUAAUAUAUCUUUAUAUAGUAAAUUUCUUAGAUUUUU